UGUACAAGCGUCACAUCCGCUUUCGACUCAUUGAAUACGGUUCUAACGAAACGGAGGCGAGUAGCAGUGUUUCGCUUCACUUGAUAACAUUAUUAGCUAACUAAAUAAACCAGUUAAUUAUCUAUCAUUUAAGUUUCUAUCGACGAGAAAUGAGCGACAACGGAAAGGAUUUUGGCGAGCGGGAUUCGCGGUCCGCUUCCAGGAGUGUGAGCCCAAGGGGUUCUGGGAAGUCUGCCAGCCGUUCCCCGGCCCAUUCCCCAGCCCGCUCCAAAGAUGGCUCCAGACACUCCAGGUCUAAGUCCCACUCCCGAUCCCGCUCCAAGUCCAGGUCUCGUUCCCAUAGGAGCUCCCGCAGGCAUUAUUCCCGCUCUCGCUCCCGUUCCCACCGCCGCCGUUCCCGUAGCCGUUCCCGAAGCGGGGAAUACCGCCGUCGUCGGAGCCACAGCCACUCCCCCAUGUCCAACCGCCGCAGGCACAUUGGCAACCGGGCCAACCCGGACCCGAACUGCUGCCUGGGUGUGUUUGGUCUGAGCCUGUACACCACAGAGAGAGACCUGAGAGACGUGUUCUCUAAGUACGGCCCCCUGGCUGACGUCAGCAUCGUCUACGACCAGCAGUCACGACGCUCCCGCGGCUUCGCCUUCGUCUACUUCGAAGUCCGAGAGGACGCCAAUGAGGCUAAGGAGAGAGCUAACGGAAUGGAGUUGGAUGGACGGAGGAUCAGGGUCGAUUUCUCCAUCACUAAACGACCACACACUCCCACUCCUGGGAUAUACAUGGGACGGCCCACAUAUGGUGGCGGCGGCGGCAGCAGCAGCAGCGGAGGCGGUGGUGGUGGUGGAGGAGGAGGAGGAGGAAGUGGCGGCCCCAGCUCAAGCUCAUCUCGCCGUAGCUCGAAGGAUUAUGACCGCGGCGGUGACCGUGGUUACGACAGAGGCUACGACCGUGGCUACGAUCGCUAUGACGACCGAGAGUGCUACAGGUCCUACAGACGCAGGUCUCCGUCCCCGUACUACAGCCGAGGGACCUACCGGUCUCGCUCCCGCUCGCGGUCUUACUCCCCACGCCACUACUGAGCAGAGGGAGAAGAGGAGCAAGAUUAUACUUUUUGUGGGGUUAGGGCCAGGGGGUGGAUGUGGGGUUUAGGGC